AUGGACAGCAGUACUUCCCAAAUUGAGAUAGACAUGAGGAUACCUCAAGAAGCAACAACAUCUCAGCAAGUGAAUAUGGGGUCAAAUGUCCAGGUUGCAAGCAAUAUUUCCAGAGCCAGUGAUCUACUCAUGGCAGUAACUUCAAGCGCUGAAGUCAACAGAAUGAAAAUCAGCGAGUUAGCUUCGGAUGCAAUGGAAGUGCUAACUAAAUUGGCCCUAGCUCAAGAACCUCUAUGGCAGUGUAACAUAGAGAGCAAUACUGAAUUUCUUAGUGAUAUCGAGUAUCUGAGGGAAUUCGGACAUAUAAGUGCCUCACUGAUAGAAAUAAUUAAAAUGGUUGAGGUGGGAGACUCUCAAUCUGAGCUGCCGAUUAACAAUUCUGAAUUUUUAAUGGAAAGUGAAUACAGGCCAGUGUUGGCAACAAAUCAACCUGGAAAACCAGUUAGUUCAGAAUCGUCACGAGCUAUUGAAUAUGUCAAAAUGAAAGCAUUCAAUCUUGUUCAAUUGCUAAUGGAUUUGGAGCAAUGGCUACUGGUGUUUCCUAAUAUUGUAUCUAGAGCAAAAUUAGUGGGAGUAUUAUCAUCAACAAGAGUUGAGGGCAACUAUGAUGGAACUCUGCAAGUGAUGACAGCUGAGUUUCAUGCACCCACACCACUUAUUCCUGCUAGAGCAAGUUAUUUUGCACGGUACAGUAAACAACUGGAUAGUGGAAUGUGGGUUGUUGUUGAUGCAUCCUUGGAGAAAUUGUUUCAGCUUCCAUCUACUAACGUUCGAAGACAACCGUCAGGAUGUUUAAUUCAGGAAAUGCCAAAUGGAUGCUCUAAGGUCAUAUGGGUGGAGCAUGCUGAAGUGGAUAACAGAAUGGUUCACAAUAUGUUUGAGCCACUGGUCAGUUCAGGUCUUGCAUUUAGCGCAAGGCGUUGGGUUUCCACUUUAGUUCGUCAAUGUGAAUGGUUGGCAACUUUGAAUUCCACAAGCCCUCCUACAUCUGAUCGUGUGUUCAUAUCGCAAGCUGGAAGAAAAAGCUUGUUGAAGCUUACGGAGAGGAUGAUGAGAAGUUUUGUUGCUGAUAUUAGUGCUUCUACCGAAAACAAAUGGAGGACAUUACCUGUAUUUGGUGCCGAAGAUGUAAAGGUCACAACUAUAACUAACUUGAAUGAUAUUGGAAAGCCUCCAGGUACCACCUUAUCAUUCGCAACUUCUGUCCAUCUUCCAGUUCCAAGAACUCAAAUAUACAAUCUGCUUCGUGAUGGUGAAUCUCGAUAUAUGGUAUGGACAGUACAAUUAAGGUUGACAUCAAAUUAA